AACUAAUUGUAUUAUUCUUUCUUUUGUACUUUUCUUUCUGCUUCUCGUUAACUCAUUUUAACGAGGUUUAAUGACUUUUUUUCUCGCUUCCUUUGGCGGUACUCCAAAAUCACAGGGAUUGUUGAAAUUUAGUGGCAGCCAUGGUGAAGGCAUCUUGUUCAGUGAAAGCAGAUCGUACUGAAGGCGUUUACUUGUUUGAAAUUGCUUCUCUGGAUGACCAAGUGGCAGUUUCUGCAUCCAAUGGUUCUUGGGGACUCUAUGACAAGGAAAACUUACGGCAAGUGCUGACCAUUGAAUCUGCACACGCUAAUGUGUCGAGUAUUAAGCCCUCGAAAGACAAUAAGGGUGUUUUUACGUGUGGUACAGAAGGUGAUUUGAAGUUUUGGGACAUUCGCACAGAAUGCAAGAACCCGGCAAAUACUUGGCACGUUUCGUCGCCCAUCUUGUCGUUGGCUGUAGCCAACCAUGGUAAUUUCAUUGCUACGGGUUCCGAGCUUUAUCAGAAUGAGGCACCCAUUUAUCUCUGGGACAUUCGUAAUACUUCGCCUGUACGCAGUUGGAAUGAUUCACAUAACGACGACGUUACAACCAUGGAAUUCCUCCCUAAGUCAAAAGAGCUCCUCCUUAGCGCGUCUACGGAUGGGUUGAUUAACAUUACUGAUGUGACCAAGGAUGAAAAUGCCGGUGGAGACGCAGACGAGGAGGCAGUAUUGCACGUAAUCAAUCACGGUGCAUCCCUCCAUAUUGCUACCUUUCUUUCCCGCAAUCGCAUAUUAGCUGUUUCGCAUAUGGAGUCCUACGCGUUCUAUAAAUUAAAGCGUGAGACUGAUUCCUGGAAAAGCAAAGCUGUGACAACUUUUGACGACUUGCGUCCAAAAUUGGAUUGUAGCUAUGUUAUUGGAACAGUUGCUACUGAUGAUAAACGAAAACACAUGCUUGCUUACAGUACCUUUGACAACCCUACUGUGCGAUUUGCUAAUAUCGACCGUAAAACUGGUGUCCUUAACCCAACUUCAAGCGUGCAACUGGAUCGUAUGUCAGGAGAAAUUUGUCGUGAUGUCGUUUAUGACAAGGCUCAUCACGUCUACUUUACUGCGAGUGAAGAUGGAUUCUUGCAGGCUUUCUCAUCAUAAUCCAGGCACCAGUUACUCAAAAAAAACCACGCCCUCUUUUGUCUAAACAUACUUUUAAGGACACUUUUAGCACGGCUAAACUUUCUUAGUCUUAUGUGUUCCCCUUUCUUUUUUGUUAAAAUAGACUUUCAAAUAAUAUUAAAAACAGAAUAUAUGUACUAAAUGAGUUUGAUUGAAAGACUGGAUUUACUGUUGCAAUAAGUGAAACGUUUUUUAUUUUUAAGGUACUGAUUUGUUUGAAACAUUUU